UUUAACCAUUGAGAGUUGAUAAUUUGGCAGUUAGUUUGAAUCAACGCCUCUAAAUUCUGUUCAUUUUCUGAAAGACACAUCCUCCAUUAUCAGAUCACUUGUUCACUAGAGUAAAUCAAAAUAGUCAUAAACACAGUGUUCAUAGGUCCUCAGCACCAAUAGUACCCUCGGAUAUCGAUUAAAAAGGAUUUGCAAUUUUCAGAUUACCGACCAAAAAUUCAGAAGAGAUAUGAAAGAGAUGUAUGCCCAUCGAGCUUGCUUACUACUCUAGCAAGCAUCUAAGAGAUGUACUAAGUAUUAUUCAUCUUUACUGGCUAAAAUAACAAGAUUUUGUUAUCCAGAGAAAAUUAAUAAAACGAGUUCACUUUUAAAGUGAUAUGGUAAGAUCCAAGAUUAGCAUGAACAGCUAUGAAUUAUUAAGACUUGCUAUGUUCCAUUUAUGGUUUAAAUUUAAUCUCUAGAGGCCUCUCACAGUUUCAGUUACAUAUAGCUAAUAAAUCAAGCUUCAAUAUCUAAAAGCAUUUUAUGUUCAUCUAACUUUAAGGAUGAGUGCUGUAAAAAUAUUCGAAAGUAAGAUAGAGAUGUUUAAUAAAGUUGUAUGUAUAAUACAAAGUGAGAGCGUCCUCUAAGUAUAUUUUUAUUAGAUACAGUUAGCAUAAAAUGAAUAGAUUUUGUCAGAAUUGUUAAAAAGUCUUACCCAAAUAAGGGGCUAUUUCUAAUUUGAUCGAAAUUGAGAAAAUUUCUUAAUAUCUCAUGAUCAAAAUUGCUGUAGAAGUGGGUUUCCUACAAACAAUGAAUUUAUGUACAAAUAAGCAUAAUUUUUAAAUAAAUAUUGCCCAAAACAAAGCUCCACAAUAAAAAAUCGAUAUCUCUAUUUCCAGCUUCUUUUUCUUUGAUAUUUUCCAGAAACAUUUUUAUGCAAAGGAUAAUUUUUGUCACAUAUCACGAUCUAGCGCCAAUUUUCAGGGAGAUAAUGACUUGUGAUGAUAAAGCUCUCCAAGAGUUGUCUAUAUUAGUGGCUAAUUUUUAUUUGGAAUAUUAAAGAGAGUUUACCAGAACUUUAAAACUCUAAAGGUGUACUUAUAGUACAAUUUUGAAAUCCAAGCAUUUCACUUGGCUUGUUUUACUUUAAAGAAAAGGGAAAUACUCUCAAGAGCCUAGAUCCAUCAAGUUUGCUCUAAAUUUUUAUGAGCAUUUGAUUUUUAAUUUAAAAUUCAUAAAAACAGGCCUACAUUUUUAGAUGCCAACUAUAGGUUUUCUUGAUGUCUGUUUAUUGGUGGAUAUUUUAGACAUUGUAACAACAAAAUACAUUCAUAAUCUUCAUUUUUCAGAUUCUAAUUAGAAUCUGAUUGUCCAAGUAGUAAAAAUCUUUUGUGUAAUUUCUUCAAUAUUGAUCAGAAUCAAAAAGGUUGACUUUUAUUUCAGGAAUAGAAUGAAAUUUCGCCAUGUAGGGCUAACUUCUGGAUGCAAAUGCCAUGCGAAGCAAUCUUGUCGAGCAAGAAAUCCUUAGACUUUGAAUUGGCAGUUGAUGAUAUUUAAAGAUGACUCUGCUUCGAAAGCAUUACUAUAAAAUCCUCACCCUUAGAAGCAUAACUCUCGGUUAUAAACGGAUGCAGUAAGAUGGAAUCAAUUUUUAAGGACUCAGAUAGUUUUCAAUCAGAUUUAGAUUUCUUCUCUGAAAAUCUAUACUGCAAGAAUAAUCAGACUUUAAACGAGACUGCUGCUACAAAUCCCUUCUUGGUUUUAGACAAAGAUUACAAUGGCUCAACGGGAGACUCAUGGAAAAUUGCGGAUUAUGAUGAUAACUUGCUGAGCAAUAUGAACAGAAAUAUUGCGGAUUUCAGCAAAGGAUUUAUUCCAGAGAUCGAUUUGACCCCAAAAGAAGAACUACAACUGUCCUCUUUUGCUGAAGUUGGUAUUGAAACACCAAACAAGACUUUUGAUCAUAAAGAUAUCGACUUAGUAGCUAGUAAAGAAGAUAAACAAGCGGAAAAUCAUGAAGCCUCUUUUACGUAUAAAGAUUCGACACUCAAAACAAACAGCCGUGAUAAGCCCUUCAAAGCUCAAUUUGCUGACAGAAGAGAUGUCAUUUAUAAGACUCUCAUCCGUAGUGUGAGGAGGUUUCUUUGGGAUGACUUCUCUUCAACUCUCCCUGAUGUCACUUUUUCUAAUAUGACGAGAGGGUGUAGCGUUUUUGAGGAUUUCUUGAAAAGGUUUUAUCAAGAACAAUUUUGAGUUGGGAAUAUCCAUUCUCAAAAAGGCUCCAAUGAGUUUGCUCAUUUGCAACUUCUUUCAGUGUUUAUGACUCAAUAUUAUUUAAUUCCAAAAAGAUCGGCCACUUCUAAGAAGAUUGCACAAGCUUUGAAGCAGAUAUAGUGAAGAAGUUCUCCCCAAAACUGUACAUAAAAUUCUUUAACCUUGAGGGAGUUUCUGAUUUCUUUAAGCUGCUGAAGUCUUCAAAUUACAUCUAUAAAGUAAUAGAUGCUUAUCCAAAUAUGAAGAAGUGAGAGGAUCAAUAUAUUAAAGCCGUUGACUCUAUCAUCAACUUUAGUAGAGACCCCACUCUAAUGAAAUAGGUUUAAUACGCAAGGAAGAGAGCUUGGC